CAGAGAAGCAGCCACGAUGGAAACCAUCAUAAGGAUCAACAAUGCUGCGGACAUCUCUGUUAUUGUCAUCUAUUUUUUGGUGGUCCUGGCAGUGGGACUAUGGGCUAUGUACUCAACCAACCGGGGGACAGUAGGUGGAUUCUUCCUGGCUGGGCGAAGCAUGGUCUGGUGGCCGAUUGGUGCUUCUCUGUUUGCCAGUAACAUUGGCAGUGGGCACUUUGUGGGAAUAGCAGGAACAGCAGCAGCUGGAGGAAUUGCCAUCGGAGGAUAUGAAUGGAACGCUCUGAUAUUUGUGGUUAUUCUAGGAUGGCUGUUUGUACCCAUCUACGUCAAAGCUGGGGUGGUGACGAUGCCAGAGUAUCUGAGGAAACGUUUUGGUGGGAAACGGAUUCAGAUCUACCUGUCAGUCCUUUCUCUGAUCCUGUAUAUUUUCACAAAGAUCUCAGCAGACAUAUUCUCUGGAGCUGUAUUUAUACAGCUGGCCAUUGGGCUGAAUCUUUAUGUGGCCAUAAUUAUCCUGCUUGCUAUUACUGCUCUUUACACCAUCACAGGUGGCCUUGCGGCUGUGAUUUACACAGACACCUUACAAACAUUUAUCAUGGUAGUGGGAUCCUUUAUCCUCAUGGGAUUUGCAUUCUCUAAAGUAGGAGGGUAUGACGCUUUCAUGGAGAAGUACAUGAAUGCAAUUCCAUCCAACACCUCCUAUGGGAAUGUUACCAUUGAUCCCGCGUGCUACACGCCUCGGCCGGAUUCCUUUCACAUCUUCCGAGAUGCCGGCACUGGGGACCUGCCGUGGCCAGGGCUCAUCUUUGGUUUGAGCAUCAUUGCUUUGUGGUACUGGUGCACAGAUCAGGUUAUUGUCCAAAGGUGUCUCUCUGGCAAGAACAUGUCCCAUGUGAAAGCUGGUUGUGUCAUGUGUGGAUACUUGAAGCUCUUGCCCAUGUUCAUCAUAGUGAUGCCUGGGAUGAUCAGCCGAAUUCUGUAUACAGAUGUGGUGGCUUGUGUUGUGCCUGAAAUCUGUGAGAAGUACUGUGGCACCGCAGUUGGCUGUACAAAUAUUGCUUAUCCCAAAAUGGUAGUUGAGCUUAUGCCAAAUGGUCUGCGGGGUCUGAUGCUGUCAGUCAUGUUGGCCUCCCUGAUGAGCUCCCUGACUUCCAUUUUCAACAGUGCCAGCACCUUGUUCACUAUGGACAUUUACACCAAAUUCCGAAAGCGACCAUCUGAGAAAGAGCUGAUGUUGGCUGGAAGGGCAUUUAUGUUACUUUUAAUUGGCGUCAGCAUUGCCUGGGUGCCUGUGGUGCAGUCGGCUCAAAGUGGGCAGCUCUUCGAUUAUAUUCAGUCAGUUACCAGCUACCUGGGACCUCCCAUUGCUGCUGUCUUCCUGCUUGGUGUCUUCUGCAAGCGAGUCAAUGAACAGGGUGCCUUCUGGGGCCUGAUGAUCGGGCUGCUCGCUGGGCUGGCUAGAAUGAUUGCGGAGUUUGCCUACGGGACCGGCAGCUGUGUGAGCCCUUCCAACUGCCCGUUCAUCAUCUGUGGGAUUCACUACCUUUACUUUGCAAUUAUUCUUUUUGGGGUUACCGCCAUCGUCAUCCUGGCAGUCUCCUUCAUGACUAAGCCCAUUCCUGAUGUGCACCUUUACCGCUUGUGCUGGUCUUUGCGGAACAGCAAAGAAGAACGUAUUGAUCUUGAUGCAGAAGACGAGCAGGACAAAGCUGAUGAAAGGGAUGAGGAAUCAGUUAAUGAGGAAAGUCAAGAAGACCCGGGAUGCUUUAAGAAAGCGUACAACUGGUUCUGUGGCUUAGAUCAACAAAAAGCGCCCAAACUGAGCAAGGAGGAAGAGGAAGCAUUGAAGAAGAAACUGACCGACACGAGCGAAGUGCCGCUUUGGAGAAAUGUUGUGAAUAUCAAUGGCAUCAUCCUAUUGACUGUGGCUGUAUUUUGCCAUGCCUUCUUUGCAUAAACCUCUGAUUACAGGCCUGAAAUAGUACUGUAUUGUCCAGCAAAAACGAUGACUUGUAGAUUUAGGGCUAGAUACACUUUGUAUUUUCAUUGUCUAUGUUUGUAAAAAAUCAGGGUGAUUUACUCUGCUGAUUGUUUUAUCAUAAUUUCAACAAUCUAAAGAUGAAGGCCACUGGGAUUUCAAGAGAGAGAAUUUCUGAAUCAAUCCAGGGUUAAUAGAGGCUCAGAAUUUCCAUCCAAUAUUCUCUCUACUCAUGAUACAUUUCAUAUUUUAGGUGCAGAACAAGGCUGCAUGAGCCAUAUUUCUUAUCAGGGUUUGUAAACUACUUUCUAGGGUUGAUUUUCAACCCUCCUUCUUCUGAUCAUUCAAAUUUCUCUUUCCUUUGGCUAUGAUAAUUUGAUUACAAAACACCCACAACAACUGAGGGACUGUAUUAUGAAUUCAAUUAAAAAUCAUUUCUGUUCCCUCCAAGCAUGGGAUAUCUUAGGUGAAGGAUUUAUGUAUAUAUUGAUGUAUCUGACACAAUAUCUAACGUUCCAUUGUAACUAUUUUCCUUUUUUUUUUUCACUUUUCAUUGUGUUUUCUCAGUGAUCAGUGGAACACUAACCAUCUGAAUUGAUUGCAUUUUGAAAUUAGGGAAAACAUGUCCCAGUGAUCGUAAUAAGAAUUCUGCUUAUGAUAGAUUCUCUGUUUAAGGUUAACUUCAAAAGGUCCUUUCUUUAUAUUUUAAUAUGUACCUAUACUUGAAUGUGAAGCUUUUUAUACAAAAUACAUAUAUUAUAUAUACACAUACAAUACAUUAUAUAUAUGCACUAUAUAUAUUAUGUAUAUUUAAAAUAUAUAUGUAUGUGUGUGUCUAUAUAUAUAUUUAUUUCUUACUGAUCAGUUUCCAUCUUGGUAUGUCAAGUCAAUCUCUACCCAGCAUUACUAGGACCUCUUUAUGGUAGGGUUGGUGUUAAUGUAUUGCCUCUUUCCAUGGACUAUGGAAACAAUUCUUGCACGUGGUUAAAAGUCCAAAGCAUCGGAACGCUGGGUUUGCAUUUUUCUUUCAAGUACAUCUGAGAGCUCUGUACUGCUUCUGUGCAAAGCUAUAGAUCUUUCCUCGGAAGAUUUCAUUGACAAAUAGAAUUCAAGCUGUACAACAGUAUGAGUUAAUAGUUCAUGAAGAAGAAUAGUCACAGCUGCAGGAUAUCAGCUAAACCAGUCUGAUUGUCUCCUCUUGAUAAGUUUGAUACCAGCUGGAGGUACAGAAAAAGAUAGAUUUAACAUUUCAAAGCAAAAAGCAAUAGAUCUUCUUAUCAUCUAAUUCAGCUUCCCGGGGAAUCAAGCGUAAGAAGACGACAUUGCUUGCUGUAGUCAAGCCCCACCACAAUUCCCUGUUCCUGCUGCUCGUGUAGCGCGCGAUGCUGCGUUGUCUCAACGCGUUUCGGUGCGAUUCCACAGCGGGAUGCACCAGCCUUGCCAUAAAUGCAUCUAAAGGGGAAGGCAGUCUGUGCUGCACCACCCUGCGCCGACUCCUGCUGCUUUAAUCACUCCCACUUCCUAAUCUUCUGUCAGUAUCUUUUCUUCAUUUGGAUCCAAACCAAAAUGCUCUGGAUUCAAGUAGAAUCACUGCUCCUCAGUAUAAUCCCUUCAGUACACUGAAAGGUUUUGCAUAGGCCAGAUCAAAUCAAUAUAAAUAUCAGUGCAAACCAUUUUCUUACAGUUAAUACAGCAAUAGAGUAUUUCAAAGACCAUGCAAUUAAUUAUAUUUAAUGGACUAUGAAGACUUGUAUGUAUUAAAGUAUUUGUAUAUUUUAAAGUAUUUGGUGUCCACAAAAUGAUGUGAUUUUUAUCCAGUAUGAUGGAAGACUGCGAAACUUAAUUUGGUGUCUGGGUUUUGGCUCUGGGUAAUGGUAAGGGAUGACAAACAAACAAGAAGGACUUUAGUGAGGAUUGCCCAGAGCCCUCUUUGUCAUGCUCUGUUACAAAAAUAAAAAUAUGGUGAAGCUAUAC